AUGACGACUAUCCUGUUUCUCAUUUUUGCCGUUGAGGUGGUGGCCCAGUUCAUCAACGCCGUGGGCGCGGCACAGAUUAACAAUCUGCUAUGGACCUUGAUCAACUACCUCCCCGUAUCGACUUCCAAAGCAGCCGCCGAACAGCGCAAGCUCCAGGCCGAGUACCUCAAGGUCCGUCGGGACCUCAACGCCACGAGCAGCCAGGAUGAGUUUGCGAAAUGGGCCAAGCUGCGUCGUCAACAUGACAAGCUGUUGGAGAAGCUCGAUGCAUCUAAGAAAGGAAUGGAGGCUUCGAGAGCCAGAUUCGACAACUACCUCACGGCGAUUCGAAUGCUCAUCACCAAAGUACCGCAGUACUUCCUCCCCUUCUGGUACGGCAAGGAGCCCAUGUUCUGGCUGCCGUACGGCUGGUUCCCAUACUACGCCGAAUGGAUCAUAUCAUUCCCCCGUGCGCCGCUGGGUAGUGUCAGCGCCCCGUCAUGGCAACUCGCUUGCUCUGGCGUGAUUACCCUCCUCAGCGAGAUCAUCAUGUUUCUCGGGAGGCAGAUCUUUGCUGGGCCUAAAGAAAAGGUAGCUCAGCCGGCUGGGAAGGCGACGCAGCCUGGGAAGCAGACUGCAGAGAAGUCUGAGAAGAAGGAAUUAUAG